AUGGAGAACUUGUUAGCUGUAUUUACAAGGAACGCCGAGCACGGCUUCAGACUUCGUUCAAGAUGUGUUCCAUUUGAUAAGCUAGAAAUACGAUAUCUCGGCUCUAUAGUAAAUCGAAAUGGAAGAAGACCGAACUCGCAGAAGAUCGAAGUAUCAAGAAUAUGGACGAGCCGAAGAAUUGUUAGACACUUGAGAGCUUUUCUUGGCGUGAUAACGUACUGUGCGGCGUUUAUGCCAAAGAUCAAGGAGUUUCGUGGACCGUUGGAUGCGAUGCUGAAAAAGGAUUCGAAAAAGAUAGUGAAAGUGCCACAAAAAUUACAAGACAACCUAGUACCUGGUAAAAGUGGUAUAUAUUAA